AUGUCGUCGAGCUCGUCGGGGUCUUACUCGCUUUCCAAUAUAAACCCCAAGCUCUUGCGCCGAAUCUAUCGGGCUUGUCGUCCAACUUUGCUGGAACCUAACUUGGCAUUGAACUUGGAGAUCUGUGACUAUGUCAACGCCAAACAGGGCUCUGUGCCACGUGAAGCGGCCAUUUGUGUGGCCAAAUUGAUCAAUCAGCGGGACCCUCAGACAGCCAAGUUGGCUCUCCAUUUAUUGGACAAUUUAGUCAAGAACUGUGGGUACCCAUUCCACUUGCAGAUCUCAAGAAAGGAAUUUCUUAAUGAAUUGGUUAAGAAGUUUCCAGAGAGACCCACCUUGCGUUAUAACAGUGUUCAGAGGAUGGUUUUGGCGCAGAUCGAGGAAUGGUACCAGACCAUCUGUAAGACCUCUAAGUAUAAGGAGGACUUCGGCUAUAUUAGAGACAUGCACCGUUUGCUCUUGAACAAGGGCUACAUCUUCCCUGAGGUCAAGGUGGAAGAUGCUGCGGUAUUAAAUCCUUCCGACAACUUGAAGUCAUUGGAGGACAUUCAGAAGGAAGAGGCAAUCGUGCACUCGGCCAAAUUGCAAGAAUUGAUUCGUAGAGGAAAGCCUCAAGACUUACAAGAAGCAAACAAGUUGAUGAAGAUCAUGGCUGGAUUUAAGGACACUUCGCAGGAAAACAAGAAGCAAGUGACUGAUGAUGUGGCCAGAUUGAAGAGAAAGACCGAGAUCUUUGCCGAGAUGUUGAACACCAUCCAGGGGAAUGGUCAGACUAUUGAUGAGUCUAACGAGACACUCUUCGAGUUAUACGGCUCCAUCAAGAGCUCCCAGCCAAUCGUCACCAAGAUCAUCGAAGAGGAGAACGACAACGAAGAGUAUGUUCAGGACUUGUUGGCUUUGAACGACACCAUCAACCAAUUGGUUGAGAAAUUCCAACUCUUGAAGAAUGGCGAUGUAGACCAGGCUGCUAACAUCAAGGUUAGCGGUGGUACUCAGGGAGCAUCUGCUGCCAAGGAGCUCAAUUUGAUUGAUUUUGACGACGAGCCUUUGGGCUCCUCUGACCCUACGGGUAAGGACCAGCAGGGUUAUGACGACUUGCUUAGUGACUUAUCGAAUCUAGCGUUCACGAACGGUGCAUCUGGCAGCACUAAUAAUAAAGUGAACCCUCUAGACUUUUUCGGGGCCGGAGGAUCUAUUGCGCUCGGAGGCUCUACUACGCCGCAGCUGGGCGCCUCUAUUCAACAGCCAACACCUUCCACCCAAAGAGCACCAGCCACGGCCAGCAAUUUCGACUUCUUGUCUGACUUAAACUCGCCUUCGCCACAGCUCCAGUCUAACACUACUCAGAGCACCCAAAGCUUGCAAAACUCGCAGAACUCGCUGUUAGAUCCAUUUGGCUUCAACUUCCCUUCGUCUACUCCUUCUCAGGUGCAACUGUCGUCUAAUGCUUCCGUCAAGGUGCUCAACGAAUCUGGAGUCACCAAGUUGGAAGUGGAGUUGCGGUCACAGGCUUCUUCAUCGCAGGGUAAGUUCUAUGUCAGCAACACACAGAGCGCUACAUUGAGUGGAGUUAAGUUCUUGGUGGCUGUUCCUAAGAGUUGCAAGUUGGACUUGAAGCCUCAGAGUGGCGAUGUCAUUUACGGGUUUGCCAACAGAGGCUUCAGCCAGGAGUUUUCCAUCGAGAAUCCCAACAACAAGGCAUUGAAAGUCAAGUGGAAGAUAGAGUACACACUCAACGGACAAGGCAAAGAAGAGACCGGUGUCAGUGUGUUGAGUGACUAA